CAAGCCUUUUCAAAGCUACAAGAACUUGAACAUCUCCAGCAAGAAACAUGUCUGACCGCUCCGAACCUCUCCGUCUUGGAAGCACGGCUCCCAACUUCAAGGCCGAGACCACCCAGGGCCCAAUCGACUUCCACGAGUUCAUUGGCGACAAAUGGGUUGUUCUCUUCUCGCAUCCUGAGGAUUACACCCCUGUCUGCACCACUGAGCUCGGUGCUUUUGCGAAGCUCGAGCCCGAGUUCACCAAGCGCGGCGCAAAGCUCAUCGGCCUCUCUGCCAACACGGUAGAGAGCCAUGGCGGCUGGAUCAAGGACAUCGAUGAGAUCUCGGGUAGCAGCCUGAAAUUCCCCAUCAUCGGAGACAAGGAGAGGAAGGUUGCGUUGGCGUACGACAUGAUUGACCACCAGGAUGCCACCAAUGUCGAUUCCAAGGGCAUUGCUUUUACCAUCCGUUCCGUCUUCAUCAUCGACCCCAAGAAGACGAUUCGCUUGAUCCUGUCCUAUCCCGCCUCGACCGGCCGCAACACCGCCGAAGUUCUCCGCGUGCUCGACUCUCUGCAGACUGGCGACAAGCACCGCAUCACCACCCCAAUCAACUGGGUUCCCGGUGACGACGUCAUUGUCCACCCCUCGGUCAAGAACGACGAGGCGAAGACUCUGUUCCCAGACUUCCGCAUCGUUAAGCCCUACCUGAGGUUCACUCCUCUUCCCAAGGAGAAGACCAGCGCCAACGUUUAAUCGCAUAAUACCCCCGGGGGUGAAGUUGAAGGUUGGAUACGGUACCGUGAUAGGUACUGGUUGGACAUGACGGUAUCAUACUGGAAAUAUGAGGUGACGCAACUGGAGGGAUGGCUCGCUGAUGUAGGUGUUCGUGCUUCUGGAAGGAAGAGGAAUGCUUCGAGGUCCAUCUUGCUAGAUGCUCGAUAUCCCCAUGCUGGGUCUGAAACGUCCUAGUAAUAAUGCAAAAAUGACGACCAUCA